AUGGCAACAACUAGAGCAGCUUAUCCAGUUCUUAUGACACAAUCAACAGAACCUUAUCAACCAAAACCAGUAAAAUGUGUUAAAGUAAUAUAUCCUUAUAAUGCACGACAUAGUGAUGAAUUAACACUUAAAAAAGGAGAUAUUAUUGUAUUACAUGAACGUCGACGAGAUCAAUGGUGUAAAGGAGAUUUAGAAGGAAGAAUCGGUUUAUUUCCUGGAACACAUGUAGAAGAAGUAUAA